AUGGCCGACGAAGACGAUCCUGUCGUAGCGUCCUAUGAUGUCUGCUUGAGUAGUAAUGUCUUUUCGGGCGAUGCGGGCUCAUCGAACUUGUACCUUCUCCAGUACCCGUCCCACCGUCCACGGUCGAAACCAUACAAUGCCGCCCGAUCGCAAGCUCCUACCUUUCUACGCCUCAAGCCCGAAGCUGGCUUCGUGGAGGUUGAUGUACCUAUCCUAAAACACGAACACUACAAUGAGAACCAGGGGCAAAGGUUUGGCAAAGCAAUGGCAGACAGCCGCACACUUCAAGCAGGAGGCUCUUACGGGCUGGCUGGUGGCUUUGGCACAGGUUCAGUCCAGCCAAGAGUGCGAGAUGUCCCUAUGCAUGACCAGAUAAAUGCACCUGUACCCGCAUUGGACACUCAGACUUUAGGCGGGAAGAUAACCAAACCAACCGCCCGCGACCCCAUCUACUUGAUCGGCUACGUGCAUCAGAACAAAAUUCAACUCUCCCACCUGGAUGCCAUUGUGCAGAUGCGCCCUCAGCUGCAUCACAUUGACGCUGAAGAGGAGCUCAAUCAGAAGCGGGCGCAAGGGGGCGCUAAUGCUGGCGCUUCAAGACAGAAGCCAGGCAUGGAACCACCAGCACCGAAGGUGGAAUCGAAGGCCAUUGAGAUCAAAAUCAAAGACAACAAGGAUGAUAUGAAGGAUCGGACUAUGAAAGACAACGCGCGCCAGCUGCGGGAUAUUCUGGUGGAUCCGUGGCAGAACCACGAAUGGGUGGACGAGGACGAAGAGGAGGCCAGGACGGCAUUGCGCGCCUCGUUAGGUUCUGCAGACAGUGUUCCUCUGCCCAAACUUCGAAGUGCUCUAGGCAAUGGCGAUUGGUUAGAAAAGAUGAGUGCCCCGCGAGAGGAAGGAAAGAAAGGCCUGCUGUCAAAGCUACGCGGUCGAGAGCGGGAACGGGCACGUAGGAAGAAAGCCGAGGAAGAAAAGCGCCAACGUCAGCGAGAAGCCGCCGGCAAUGCACCAGAGUCAUCCGGCCCGUUCUUGGACAUGAGCGACGACAGUGAGCUGAGCAGUCCCGAAAUCACGGAUGACGACUUGGCGGACGAAGUCGCGGCAUCAGAAAUGAAGGCCACAGAGGAGGUGCAGGUCAAGGAGGAGCCAGCCCCUUUUCCGGCCACAAAAAGAAGUCUGCUGGCAUCGGCUCCGAUACCAAAGAAAAGAGGGCGGCCGCGGAAGAAUCCAGCCGCCGAGUAG